CGACCUGGGUUCGACUCCCGGUAGGACCUCCUUUUUUAAUAUUUUGUUUUUGUUUUUUUUUCCUAGUCGUUUCACAGUUUUACCAGUUCACAGUGUUAACUGUUCAACUACAAAUUCCGGGCUACAAAUUUGUUUUGGUAAAUUCUGUUUCACUUUCCUCGUCUUUCUCUGUUCGACUGGUAGAUUAACGAAAAUGGAGAAGUACGAAACCCUAGAAAUUGUCCAGACGGACCCAAAUUCCUCAGUCUUCCACCUCUACCUCAACCGUCCAUCCCGUCGCAACGCUCUCUCGCUGCAAUUCUUCAUCGAAUUCCCCAAAGCCCUUUCCUUCCUCGACCAAAACCCUACCGCAAACGUCAUCGUUCUCUCCGGAGCCGGCGACCACUUCUGCUCCGGCAUCGAUCUUAACAACCUAAACUCCACAUCCGAAAAAUCUCGCUCCGCCGAUCGUGGACGCGCCGCUGAGAGGCUCCGGCGAGAGAUUAAGGCCAUGCAGGAGGCGAUCACGGCGAUCGAACGGUGUCGGAAACCAGUGAUUGCCAGCAUCCAUGGAGCGUGCAUCGGCGGUGGGAUUGAUAUCGUGACCGCCUGUGACAUAAGGUAUUGCACAGCGGAUGCGUUGUUCUCGGUGAAGGAGGUAGACUUGGCGAUCACGGCCGAUCUCGGGACUCUUCAGAGGUUGCCGGCUAUAGUCGGGUACGGUACGGCCAUGGAAUUGGCUCUGACAGGUCGUAGGUUUUCCGGUACAGAGGCACAACGGAUGGGUCUGGUCUCCCAGGUGUUCGGUUCCAAGAAGCAGCUGGGCGAGGCGGUCAACGUUAUCGCCAAGGAUAUUGGUGCCAAGUCUCCGCUUGCUGUGAUUGGGACGAAAGCGGUGCUACUUAGAAGUAAGGAAGUGAAUUUGGAACAAGGAUUGGAUUAUGUGGCUACUUGGAAUGCUGGAAUGCUUAUUUCUGAUGAUUUGGAAGAGGCAGUGGCCGCACAAAUCCAGAAAAGGAAGCCAACCUUUGCCAAGCUAUGAAUUUUUAAUAGAACUCUCAUACAUUACGUGGCCCUUUAAUUGGCUUUAUAGAAGUGUUUAAUAAAAGGCCUCAAAAUUUGUAUGAAACCCAAAUGGGUGGUUUGGCACUUCAUUCUUGUAUGCUGUAUACCAUUUUUCAGUUUUCAAAUAUGCUUUGUAUUGGUAGCUUUUUCCAACAAAAGAAUUAUACCAUUUGAUCUCUUUAUUAACCAAAAAAUUGUAAAAAAGAAAAAAUGCACCAUGGAUGCAUUAUACCAUGGCUCCACAGUUGAUUCUAAAUGAUUUAUUACCGACUUUUACCA